AUGAUAAUAGAUAGGGUAGAGGUAGAAACUAUCAAUUCUUUUUCGAAAUCGGAAUUAUUUAAAGAAAUCUACGGACUUAUAUGGAUUCUACCCAUUUUUGCCCUCCUACUGGGAAUCACAAUAGAAGUACUCGUAAUUGUGUGGUUAGAAAGAGAAAUAUCCGCAUCGAUACAACAACGUAUUGGUCCUGAAUAUGCUGGCCCCCUGGGACUGCUUCAAGCUAUAGCAGAUGGAACUAAACUACUUUUAAAAGAGGAUAUCCUCCCAUCCCGAGGAGAUAUUCCUUUAUUUAGCAUUGGUCCCUCUAUAGCAGUCAUAUCCAUUUUAUUAAGUUUUUUAGUUAUCCCUUUAGGAUAUCGUUUUGUUUUAGCUGAUCUUAGUAUUGGUGUUUUUUUAUGGAUUGCGAUUUCAAGUAUUGCUCCUAUUGGUCUUCUCAUGGCAGGAUAUAGCUCAAAUAAUAAAUAUUCUUUUUCAGGCGGUCUACGAGCGGCUGCUCAAUCUAUUAGUUAUGAAAUACCAUUAACUUUUUGUGUACUAGCAAUAUCUCUACUAUCUAAUAGUUCAAGUACAGUUGAUAUAGUUGAAGCACAGUCCAAAUAUGGUUUUUUUGGAUGGAAUCUUUGGCGUCAGCCUAUAGGUUUUCUAGUUUUUCUAAUUUCUUCUUUGGCAGAAUGUGAAAGAUUACCCUUUGAUUUACCAGAAGCAGAAGAAGAAUUAGUAGCAGGUUAUCAAACCGAAUAUUCUGGUAUUAAAUAUGGUUUAUUUUAUCUUGUUUCUUACCUAAAUUUAUUAGUUUCCUCUUUAUUUGUAACUGUUCUAUACUUAGGCGGGUGGAAUUUCUCUAUUCCCUAUAUAUCCUUUUUUGGAUUUUUCCAAAUGAAUAAAAUAAUUGGAAUUUUGGAAAUGGUAAUAGGUAUCUUUAUUACAUUAACUAAAGCUUAUUUAUUUCUCUUCAUUUCUAUCACAAUAAGAUGGACUUUACCCAGGAUGAGAAUGGAUCAGUUAUUAAAUCUUGGAUGGAAAUUUCUUUUACCUAUUUCUCUGGGCAAUCUCUUAUUAACAACUUCUUCCCAACUAGUUUCACUAUAA